CACCAUAUCAUCAGUUGAAAGACAGAUUUGAAUAGAACUGUUUCUUUAAUAUACUUAAAUUGAAACAAGAACGUUUCUUAAAAUUUUUCAUUAAGUUAUAAAUAAAACAUGUAUUCAUUAACAUGUAUUAUACUUUUAUUUGGAUUCAUCGCGGUUGGUAAUGGACAAUACGUUGGUCGCACCAGACGCCCGCCUCUUCCGGAAAUAUGUUCAAGAAUUUUCUGUCCAAUGGCGGACUGUAUAAACCCAGUUAGACCAGAAGGCGAAUGCUGUCCUGUCUGCCGAGGCCCAAAACCUGGCAGGUGUCCACGCAGAAGAAAUGAGGCUGGAAUAUGUGCAUUUUUAUGUACAGAUGACUCAAACUGUCCAGGCAACCAGAAGUGUUGUAGUGUCGGAUGUGGAAGCUCAUGUAUGCGACCCAGAGGAAGAUGUAGUCGUGGUGUCAUAUGUCCUCAAUUACGAUGUGCUAAUCAGUAUACACCACCCGGAGAAUGUUGUCCCGUUUGUAGACCAGUAGGACCAAUAAAACCUGACUGCAGUACAACUCCAUGUACGAUGCAAUUCUGUGAAGGCCAGUACAUUCCUGAUGGACAAUGCUGCCCAGUAUGUCCAAACACCGCAUACUAACAAACGAAUGUUCGAACUGUGUCACAAUUGACUCACGUCAUAUCUUAAUUUUGCUAGAAGCAUAUUCAUAAUCAGAAUUAAAGACGUUCAUAAAAAAUUUGUAUCUUUUGAGCUGAAUUGACUUAAUAUUUCAAAACAUUAACUGUCAAACUGGUUUUUGACCAACAGUUGAUAUUGGAAAAUGUUUAGGAUAAAAUUAUAAUUCUGUCUAAAAUUUAAAAAGACUGUCCCACUCUUUUUAUAAACUAAGCGUUAUACGUAAAUUUUAACGGGUAUUUACAGAAAUUUCAUUUGUAUCUGUGAGUUAUUUAUUGUAAAUGUGAACUUAAUUAUAACAUUAAAAGGAAUUAUGACAGAAUAAAAA